AUGUCUCGAACCAACGGCCAGCCCGUGAAUGGCUCCCGAUCUUCGAACGGAAGACCCCUGAACGCAAAAAACCUAGCCGAAGUACCGCCAGUUAACGAAAACGAGAUCGGUCUGCGCAAAUACAUCCUCACUCCUCCUCAUGAAGAGCCAUAUUAUCUUCCGGUACGGAUCUCGGAUCGCGAGACUCACGAAAGGCGACUAGACGAACAAACCGCGAAUCUUGAGGAGUUGAUAACACAAGGAAGUUGA